ACACGGGGGCGGUAAUGAAGUUUUAAAUGUUUUGUGCCGUUCGAACCAGACAAACGAGUCUAAUGCCAGGAAGGCGGAAGUUUGUGGGCGGGAUCUGCAGUCCAUUCGAAGCAUUGGAUACAUGACCCUGCAGGUUUGGUGCCUCUCUUUCCGGCAGCCGUACGCUGGUCUGAUCCUGGAUGGUGUAAAGACAGUGGAGAGUCGUUGGCGCCCUCUGCUGGCUCCUCUACAGAACCAGACCUUGGCAAUCCACAUUGCUUGGCGAGACUGGGAAGGUGACGAGUGGCGGGAGGUGCUUGGUACCUUGUUGGGAAUGCAGCAAGCUCAAGUGGACAGGUUGCUGGUGUCAGGGGAGCGGUUUGGUCGUGGCGUGGUGGCAGGGUUGGUGGACGUGGGUGACACCUGGCAGUGCCCUGCCUCCCUGCAGGGUGAGGAGCUACAGCGUCUACAGAAAUCAGCUGUUCUGUCCGGUCUCCAUGAGAAACACCUGACUCAACUGUCAAACCCUCGCUGGCUGAAGGCACCACUGAGCAGCCGAGGAGGUCGUGACCUCUGGACGGUGGAGAUUCCUGCCGAGAUGUUACCAUGACACAUACAGAGACUCAAAAUCAACCAAUCAGGGAUCUUCAUCACAGAACGUGGGCACAAAGAGUGGGCAGCUAGAACCUACUGUUGUAACGUAUGAACUUCCACCAAAUAAAGGCAACGUUGACCAGACAAAGUAA